AUGGCAGCUUUAUUCUCUACUCUGCCAUUUGCAGAUAAAUCCUCUUUCGUGAUGAUGAUGAUGAUGAUGAUAGGUGUUUUAAAUGUUGCAGUUUCUGUGAAUAAUGACCACAAUAGCAAGAACAGGGAGACAGCUGAUGUAGUGUCUGGCAAUGGAAGCAAACCGUUUCCGUGGGAUAAAAUGAGGCUUCCCAAGCAUGUCAUCCCAGUGCAUUAUGAUCUUCUCCUCCAUCCUAAUCUUACGACUCUAACUUUUACUGGAUUUGCCAGAAUAGAGAUUACAGUAAACCAACAAACUAGUUCAGUCAUCCUGCACAGCAAACACCUGCAAAUUACCAGGGCUACCAUCCAAAGGAGAAUGGGAAAUAGUCACACGGAAAAAGAAGUGAUGGUUUUGGAAUACCCACCAUUUGAGCAGAUUGCCCUCCUGGCAGCUUUUCCACUGCAUGUUGGACAAAACUACACUGUUAGCAUUGAAUAUUCUGCAAAUCUGUCAGAGAGUUUCCACGGCUUUUAUAAAAGCACCUAUAGAACCCAGGAAGGAGAAGUGAGGGUACUUGCAUCAACACAGUUUGAGCCAACAGCUGCUCGCAUGGCUUUCCCAUGUUUUGAUGAACCAUCCUUCAAAGCCAGAUUUUCCAUUAAGAUUAGGAGAGAACCAAAGCACCUUGCACUAUCUAAUAUGCCAAUAGUGAAAUCUGUGAAUGUUGCUAAUUGGCUAGUUGAAGACCAUUUUGAUGUUAGUGUAAAGAUGAGCACUUAUCUAGUGGCCUUUAUUGUUUCGGAUUUUAAAUCAGUCAGCAAGAUGACCACCAGUGGAAUUAAGAUAUCGGUAUAUACUGUACCAGACAAGAUCAACCAAGCUGAUUAUGCCUUGGAUGCAGCAGUGAAACUUUUAGACUUCUAUGAGAAUUACUUCAGCAUUCCAUAUCCCUUACCCAAACAAGAUCUAGCUGCUAUUCCUGAUUUUCAAUCUGGAGCUAUGGAAAACUGGGGACUGACCACAUACAGGGAAUCUUCUUUGCUAUAUGACCCUAAAAAGUCCUCGGCGUCGGCUAAACUUUGGAUUACUAUGAUAAUAGCCCAUGAGCUGGCUCAUCAGUGGUUUGGAAACCUAGUUACCAUGGAAUGGUGGAAUGAUCUUUGGCUAAAUGAAGGAUUUGCAAAGUUUAUGGAGUAUGUGUCAGUCAGUAUUACUCAUCCAGAUCUGAAAGUUGAAGAUUAUUUUUUAGGCAAGUGUUUUGAUGCCAUGGAAGUGGAUGCAUUAAAUUCCUCACAUCCUGUGUCUACUCCUGUGGAAGAUCCAGCUCAAAUUCAAGAAAUGUUCGAUGAUGUUUCCUAUGAAAAGGGAGCUUGUAUUCUAAAUAUGUUAAGGGAUUACUUGAAUGCAGAUGUGUUUAAAGCUGGUCUUGUACAAUAUCUGCGGAAGUACAGCUAUCAGAAUACAAAAAAUGAAGAUCUAUGGAACAGUCUGGCACAUACUUGUCCUGCGGGUGAUACCCAGGAAAGCCAACUACAAGGUGAUGGCUUUUGCACCAGAAACCAACAAACAUCUUCAAGUGCACGCUGGACCAGGAGAGAGAUUCUUGAUGUGACGACAAUGAUGAACACUUGGACAUUACAAAAGGGUUUUCCACUAGUAACUGUCACAGUAAAAGGAAAGAAUGUCCAUCUGCAUCAAGAGCACUAUAUGAAGGGAUCAGAUUCUUCUCCAUCAACAGGGUACUUGUGGCAUGUUCCAUUAACGUACAUUACUAGUAAAUCUGACACUGUGCAAAGAUUUUUGCUGACAACUAAAACAGAUGUCCUCAUCCUCCCAGAAGAGGUAGAAUGGAUAAAAUUCAAUGUGGGAAUGAAUGGUUAUUACAUUGUGCACUAUGAAGAUGAUGGAUGGGAUGCUCUGAUUAGCCUUUUAAAAGAAAACCAUACAGCAAUUAGCAGCAAUGAUAGAGCGAGUCUCAUUAACAAUGUAUUCCAGAUUGUGAGUAUUGGAAAACUAUCAAUUUCUAAAGCUCUUGAUUUAUCUUUGUAUUUGAAACAUGAAUCCCAAAUUAUGCCUGUAUUCCAAGGUAUGAAUGAGCUGAUUCCUAUGUACAAGCUCAUGGAGAAAAGGGACAUGGAUGAUGUAGAAAAUCAGUUAAAGGGGUACAUAGUCAAUCUGUUUAAAGACCUAAUUGACAAACAGUCCUGGAAUGAUGAGGGCUCAGUGUCUGAGAGAAUGCUUCGCAGUUCCCUACUCCUGUUUGCGUGUGCGCGCAAGUACCAGCCGUGUGUGGACAAAGCAGAAGAAUAUUUUAUGAAAUGGAAGGAAUCCAAUGGAACUUUACGUUUGCCCAAUGAUGUUAAAACUGCAGUAUAUGCUGUUGGAGCCCAGACAAUCGAAGGUUGGGACUUCCUUUUUAGUAAAUACAGGCUGCCUUGGUUCAACACUGAGAGAAAUCAGAUUGAAGUUGCUCUCAGUAUUAGCAGAAAUAAGGACAAACUUCAGUGGAUAAUGGAUCAAAGUUUGCUUGGUGAUGUAGUAAAAACCCAGGAUCUUCCACAUAUCAUUGUGUUUGUUGCUAAAAACCCUUCUGGCUAUCAUCUAGCAUGGAAAUUUUUGAAGGAAAACUGGAAUAAACUUGUACAAAAGUUUGAACUUGGCUCACCUUCUAUAGCCCACAUGGUAAUCGGAGUGACAAAUCAAUAUUCUACAAGGGAACACCUUGCAGAGGUGAAAGAAUUCUUCAAUUCCCUGGAGGAAAAAAGUUCACAGCUCCGCUGUGUCCAACAAGCUGUAGAAACCAUUGAAGAAAAUAUACGAUGGAUGGACAUAAACUUUGAAAAAAUCAAAAUAUGGCUACAAAAUAACAUGUGA